AACACAGAAACCAAGCCAUCAAUAUCGCUUUGGAUAUUUCAUUUUGGUGGUCUAAUGUCUUGUCGUUUCAUUUUCCUUAUUUACCUUUACAAUAUUCCUGUCGAAACAAAUUUGAGUGUGUUUGGUAUCAAUUUGUUAUGAUGUUUAGAAUUUAUAUUUAAGAAGACCCGGCCGUGUCUUUUAGGUUAUGAAUCGUUCACAUCUUGAAUGGUUUCAUUUAGAGAAGUAAUUAAAUGUUACCGAUACAGCCCCUUUCAGACAUAUGUAUCAACGUUUAAAAUUUGAUCAUCCAGAUCCCACAUAGCCUAAAUGUUGGGCAGGUACCCUGUUAAUCACUUGUCAACAUGUCAACCACAUCACAAAAAUUAAAGAACUUCACGUCUGAGCCUAUGGGUGACAAGCCUGUCACCGAUUUGGCUGGAGUUGGUGAAGUGCUUGGUAGAAGAUUGGAGUCUCAGGGCUUUGAUAAGGCUUAUGUUGUCCUUGGUCAGUUUCUGGUGUUGAAGAAGAACAGGGAGCUGUUUCAAGAUUGGAUGAAAGAAGCUUGUCAAGCCAAUUCAAAGCAAUCCUCUGAUUGCUUUCAAUGCCUAUCUGAAUGGUGUGAAGAAUUUUUGUAAACUUUGUUUUUUACUUUCUUGAGAGGAAUUUUUAUAAAUGUACACUAUAUGAACAAAACUAUUUUUAUCCUCUUGCUGCUUUGUAUUCCUUCUCUUUCUGCUGUGAUGUUGCUUUCUGGUUAAACAUGAAUGUUGUGAAUUCGAACUUAAUAGAGCCAACUAUUUGCAUUGCCGUUUAUAAAGAAAUUGAUUCCAUGUAUAUUUGCAAUGUCAUUAACUUGUCACAUAGUUCUAAGAUUUUAUUUUGGUUUUUACAUUGAUAAUAAAAUUUUUAUCAGUA